AUGACUACAAAUGUUGUAAUAUCAAAUACAACUGAUUUAUUUUCUAAUAAUAAUCAAGAUUAUUUACCAAAAAGAUCAAAUUCAAGACACUCAUCAAAUUCAUCAUCAUCAAAUUAUAACAAUAUUAACAAUAACUAUACUUCAAAUACUGAAAAUUCGAGUCUUAACAAUAAUAUACCGCGUGUUGUAAAUGAUAAUAUGCAACAACAAUAUCAACAGCAACAACAGUACCAAUAUCAACAACAGCAGUAUCAACAAUAUCAACAACAACAACAACAACAACAAUCAGCACCUACGUCUUCAUCUUCUUCAACUACAAUAUCAACAAUGGCUGGAUCAAACUCAUCUACAAAUUUAUCAAAAAGAGUACAUAGAGAAGUUAGAUUUGGUUCAUAUAUUUUAGGAUCAACUUUAGGUGAAGGAGAAUUUGGAAAAGUUAAAUUAGGUUGGAGAAAAGAUGGUAAAAUUCCAAGUCAAGUUGCAAUAAAAUUAAUUAAAAGAUCAACUAUUGUAAAAGAUUCAGAUUCUGAAAUUAAAAUUCAUAGAGAAAUAAAUUCAUUAAAAUUAUUAAAUCAUCCAAAUAUUGUAAAUUUAGUUGAAGUUAUGAAAAGUGGGAAAUAUGUGGGGAUAGUUUUAGAAUAUGCUUCAGGUGGUGAAUUAUUUGAUUAUAUUUUACAACAUAAGUACUUAAAAGAAUCAAUAGCUAAAAAAUUAUUUGCUCAAUUAGUUAGUGGAGUUGAUUAUAUGCAUUCGAAGGGGUUAAUCCAUCGAGAUUUAAAAUUAGAAAAUUUAUUAUUAGAUAAACAUAAAAAUGUUAUAAUAAGUGAUUUUGGAUUUGUAAAUUCUUAUAAUAAAGAUCGUAAUGAUUUAAUGAAAACAAGUUGUGGAUCCCCAUGUUAUGCAGCACCAGAAUUAGUAUUAACUCAAACACCUUAUGAAGGCAGAAAAGUUGAUAUAUGGUCAUUGGGAGUAAUAUUAUUUGCAAUGUUGUCCGGAUAUUUACCAUUUGAUGAUGAUCCAGAAAAUGAAGAUGGUUCAGAUAUUAUUAAACUUUAUCAUUAUAUAUGUAAAACUCCAUUAACUUUUCCAGAAUUUGUAAGUCCAUUAGCAAGAGAUUUAUUAAGAAAAAUUAUAGUUUCUGAUCCAAAGAAAAGAAUUAAUAUUGAAGAAAUUAGAACUCAUUCAUUUUUAAGUUCAUAUUCUCAAUUAUUAUCAAUUAGACAACCAGAUUGGGAUAGAAUUUAUAAAGAAAAACAAAAACCAAUUGUUGUUGAACCUCAAGCACCAACUUAUAAUAAACGUUAUUCAAUGGUCAAUAUUCCAACAUAUUCAUCAUCAUUGGUUGGUUCAUCAAUGCAACAUCAAUAUUCACAAAUUAAUCAAAUCCAUCAACCUCAAUCACAAUCACAACCACAAUCACAACCACAAUCACAACAAAGUCAACCAAUAUCAUCACAUUCAAGAUCUUAUUCAUCAACUAGUAUUAGUUUAUUGUAUGCAUCACCAUCAAUGUCAAAUGGUACUAAUUCUCAUCAUCCAUCAGAUUCAACUGAUACAUUAGCAUUAUCUAAAACUCCUUCACCUAAAAAACCAUCAUCAGUUUCACCAACAAGAGGUCAUCAAAAAUCUGCAUCAAUAUCAAAUUCAACUUCAAGUGCAAGUUUUGCUUUGAAGGCAGUUGUACAUGAUGAUAUAUUAUCAUCAAGACCAACUAUUUUAGCUAGCAACAAUAAUUAUACAAGUGCAUCUACUAUAUCAACAAUUGUUGAAAGUCCAACUAAACCACAACAUUCAUUUGAUCAACAACAAGGUAGAACAACACCAAUAUUAUUACCACCAAAAGAAUUUGCAAAAUUACCUCAUGCAACUAAAAAACCAAGACCAACAUCAUAUCAUCCAUCUUCAAUGUCAUCAAUAAUGCCAACAUAUAAAGAAAUUAUAAAAUUACCAAAUAAUUCAAAUAAUUCUACAAAUUCAGUAACUCAAUAUAUUUCAACUUCACCACCAAAAGAAAUAUUUAAUGCAGAAAGAUCUCAACAACUGAGUAGAAGAAAUUCAGUUGUAACUCAUUUGAAUGUAAAUGGGGUCUUAACAAAAGAACAUCAUCAAAUUAUAAAUGAUUCUCCAGAUAAUAAAAGAAAUUCAGUAUUAAGUUAUUUAGAAGAUAAAAUUGAAGCAUUAGAUUUGACUGAUUCUCAUUCUCAUUCACCAACAAAAGAGCAAUCACCAUUAAGUGCUGUAGAACCGGUAACUUCUAAAGAUAACGAAGAACCAGUCAAAGAAGAAAAUGAUGUAGAAACCGAGAAGGUUGAAGUAGACACUAAAUUGGUAGAAAUUGAAAAUGAAACUGAUAAUAAAGAUAAAGAAGUUGAACAAAAACAAGAGACGCCAGUUGAAGAAUUACCAGCACCAGUUGAAGAAUAUAUUGAAAAAUUAGCAUCACAAACUUCAGAUAUACUUGACACGCCGGCACCAGCAACUGAACCAAAAGAUAAAUCACCAAAACCAACUAUGAUCAUUCCAAAACCAACAACAAAAGUGAGUAGAAGACAUAGUAUAAUAUCAAGAAGAUCAAUAUCAACAAAUAAAAGUGAUGAGAAUAAAGAAAAUAAAGAAAUUAUAUCAAAAGAAGCUAAAAAGAAAAAUAGAUUUUCAUUAUUAUCAUUUUAUUCAACUUACAAUAACAACUCAUCAAAUGUUUCAUUAUCAUCAUCAACAAAUAAAGAUAUUUUAACUAGUAACACCAACAUUCAAGGUUCAUCAAAACCAAGAAAAGCAUUAGGACCAUCAAAUGAAUCGAAUAUACCAAAACAAUCAACAACUUCAUCAAAACAACAAAGAGUCAAUUCAUCAAACUCGUCAACAUCUACUAAAAGACAAUCAAUUCUAGAAGUUCCUCAAUCAAAUAAUUCUAAUGGUGGUGCAAAUAGAAAUAAUGAGACAAAAGAAUCAAGUACUGCUAAAAAAGUAAUGGAUUUUUUCAAAAGAAGAAGUAUAUAUAAUGUAGUUUAG